GGACAUCGCUCUGCUUUAUCCGAGAUCGGAGUAGCAUCGUUGACGAAAGAGAGCAGCGCUGAUCUUCGUCGGCAGAAGCAAUGUGUAUGAAAAGAUAAUGGCCCAGAUCUAAUUACGCACAAUAUCCAAAGCCCUGUCAAAAGCCAUGGAACCUGUCAUGGCUUCUGAAGCAAGUGCACAGGUCAAAGAAGAAGCCUCUUCAAGUGUGCCCAACCUUACAAAGAAGACAAAGACAAAGAAGACAAAGCAAGUAUCCUCUACAAAUGUUUCAAGUGAACCAUGUUUGUAUCAUUUCCAAAAAAGAGAUCCACAAAGCUGCUUGGGAGAAAUUACUGAUUUAAUUUUGAAUCGUGAAAUACCAAGAGCUCAAUAUGUCAGCUUGCUGAAUGAUUAUGUUGAGUCAGAGUUUUUUCUGAUUGAUGGCGAUUCGUUGUUCAUCACUUGUGCAAGAGAACUUACAUUACAGCCAGGACAAAACCUGCACUUCUUUUACCUAGUUGAACGCUUUCUCCUGGAUUUAACAAGCAAAGGAGCAAAAUAUAAAAUUGUUUUCUUUAAGGAUGCAGAACAUCUAUACUGCACAAAUCCUGAUCUCCUUUCUUGGCGCACUGCAUUGAUAUUGCAUCUGAGGAACAAUACUGAAACUGCAGUACAUACUGAAUUUUCUAACUGCUUAGACCACAGCUGGAAGGCAUUUCUGGAGGAGAAUUAUCCAUAUUUUUUAAUGAUUGCUGAUGAAGGGUUGGAUCAAUCACAGACCGAUUUUCUCCAUAUAUUUAUUAUUCAUACGUUGUCAAAAAGAAUCAAUGUUGUACUUACUUCAGGCCAAGAAUCGGAUACAACUAGAGUUUAUGGGUACCACAUCCAUAGUCUAUACAGUCACGGGCAUUUUUUUCAACAGCAUGAAGCUGAGGUAAAAUGGUGCCAUCAAUCAUUGGUUAACAAGUUGGAGAAAUCCAGUACAAAAGCAUGGAAUUCUUUUUCUGGAAGUUGGAGUUUGAAGGCUUUCACAGCAAAGGUUUGUACGAAACUCAUCCAAUUACAGAAGGAAAUAGAAGAUCUCCGCUAUGUCGUCUGUGUUGUCACCUGUUCACUGGUCCUGGAAAUACACAGUCAGAAUGCAAUAACAGCAUUAACUCUGCAUGAAGCUGGAGACCUCGUUAGGAUGUAUUGCCUCAGUGUGGUUUUUCUACAGCAUUUGCCCCUUUCACAACGAGCUCAAGUUAGAGUCAUCGAUGUCCACUGGAAGAAAGAAAUAUUAAAAUUUAUACAACAGCAUAAGCUCUGCGAAUAUCAUGUUCUGAAACAUCUUGACAGUCGGAAUUUAGGGAGCUUGGCUCUUUCUGCCUUGCCUGAUUUAAGUGAUGAUCUCUUGUGGAAGAACAUUGCAUUUUAUUAUGAAGCAGAAAAAGGCCCAGGGUUUGAUUUAGAUUUAGGAACAAUAAUAAAAAGAGACUAUGAACUUCUGUGGAAACAUAUCACAGCACUAUCUGAAACAUGUAAUAUUGGAACAUCUUUUCCUCUACGAAUAACAUCCAACCAUUUUCUUGAAAAGAAAUGUUCAACUACCACAGACAUGGCAUCCAGUACAACAUUUCUUCAUCCAGGACUUAUACCAAUGAUGAGUACCAUAGCGGAUAGAUUUGCUGGGGAUAUUUUAAUUGCUUUGCCAUUUUUAAAAAGUGAUGAUCCUGUGGUUACCUCACUUAAGAAACAGAAAGAUUUUGAUGAACUUCGGCAUUGGCAUUCAGGAAGACUCCUUAGUGAUGAUUAUGACAGGACAAAAGAUGACUUUCAAGGAGCAAUCAAGGACCCAUGGCUCCUACGAGACAAACAAAAAUUUCAAACGUUUCAACGAUUUUACGGGCAAUCACUAGAAGGUAACCUAUCAAAAACAAUUGCUACUCAGUUGGAUCCUCCAACGAAGGUUCACACAAUCGCCAAGAAAAGCAAGACAAUCCACAAGACAAAAGCAGAAAUUAUUAUUGAGGAGAACCAAAAAAGAAAGAGAGCUGAAGAAGAGAAGAAAGAAGAGCACAGAUGGGGUGCUCUUUCAGCGAUGAUUAAAACAAAAAUCAAAGAGAAUUUGACCUCUGGGAUUAAGAAUCUUGACGAAUUUCUGAAAAAUUGUCAAAGUCAGUCUGUGAAAUGUAAUGCGGAAAUGGUAGCCCUCAAUGUUUGCUUUGGCCUGUGGGAAGAACACUGCAGCGCAGAAGGCAAAACUGACAAAAACUUAAAUAUAGCAAUUGAAGUGAUGAGACGAAUCCAUUCAUUGAUUGUAAAAUAUGACCAUCAGGAUUUAUUGAAGGAGGCUGAUUUCCACCAAAUUGGCAAAUGCCUCUGGUACCUUGGAUUUGACAAGCUGGCAAUUUCUUUAAAAUGUAUCAAGGUCUCAGAAGAUGAGAGAAAGGAACUUAAAAAGAAGUAUUCAAAAUAUGCUGUCGGCAUGGGGUCUUCUCGGUUUCAACUACAGUAUAUGGGCCACUAUCUUAUACGGGAAGAAAGAAAAGAUCCUGAUCCCAGAGUGAAACAUUUUAUUCCAGAUACAUGGCAGAGAGAACUUCUUGAUGUAGUAGAUAAUAAUGAGUCUGCAGUAAUUGUUGCUGCCACGUCUUCUGGCAAAACAUAUGCCUCUUACUAUUGCAUGGAGAAAAUCUUGAGAGACAGCGAUGAAGGAGUGGUUGUGUAUGUUGCUCCUACAAAGGCUCUUGUUAAUCAAGUGUCUGCAACCGUUUACAAUCGUUUUAAUAAAAUACUGCCAGCUGGUCUUACAGUAUGUGGUAUUUUUACUCGAGAUUAUCGGUAUGAUGCUUUGAACAGCCAGAUACUGGUAACAGUACCUCAGUGUUUAGAAAUCUUACUUCUGUCACCGCAUCGCCAAGCAUGGGCCGAAAAGAUAAGAUAUGUGAUAUUUGAUGAGGUCCAUUGCCUUGGAGGUGAAAUUGGAGCAGACGUUUGGGAACAUCUUCUAGUUAUGAUUCGAUGUCCAUUUUUGGCUCUCUCUGCCACCAUAAGCAACCCCAAACAUCUUGCUGAAUGGCUACAGUCAGUUAAAAGAUACUGGAAACAGACUGAAACUGUAAUAGCAAGACAUGCUGGCUCUUCCACAACUCUUAAGGAAGGAGCAAAAGUAAUGAAAAGUUCUAGAAUGCAAAAUACAUCAUGCAAGGUUAGAUUAGUUCUGUAUGAAGAGAGAUAUAAUGAUUUAGAAAAACAUGUAUGCUCUCUCAAUGAUGGUGACUUCACUCUCCAUCACUACCAUCCCUGUGCUGCACUAACCGUGGAUCAUCUUGAGAGAUAUGGUUUUCCUUUGGAUCUUUCUCUGUCUCCCCGAGAAACUCUGAUACUGUAUGAUACUAUGGUAAAAGCUAGGAGAAAUUGGCCAAGAGCAAAUGAGCUGGACCCUGAUGAGUUUUUAAAAGACAAAAUGGUAAUCACAAAAGCAGAUGCAAGAUCUUAUGAAAAAGAGCUGAAGGAAGAACUAAUCAAGUGGAUUAAACUUGGUAACCAUAAUGAGGCAAACAAAGUGUUGUCACUGCUCAAGCCUCACCCUACUCAAAGCUCUGAAGAACAAAUGAGCAUGCAUUUUCCUCGUUUUGUAGAAAAACUACAACAGAUGGAUAAAUUGCCUGCACUGUUUUUCCUAUUUAAUAUUAAAAAAGUGGAAGAAUGGGCUAACGAAGUAUGCAGAUUCUUAGAGGAGAAGCAAAGGAUCAAGAAAAUCCCUGGUUCUGAAGAAAAAGAAGAAGAACGGUUAACGAAAAAAUGUAAAAAGAUUGAAAAAUCAUUGGCGGAACUAAAAGACCCUAAAAGAGCUGAACAACGUACUGAAACAGUAUGCAGUUUCUCAGUGGAUCACCACAUAAUUAAGGAGCAAAGAAAACAAGAACAAAUGUUAAAAAAGAAAAAGAAAAAGUCUGAAAAAGUUCUAAAAAACAAACCGACUAAUGACCGUAAACUAACUCGUAAAGAUGACAAAAGAAUACUUUUGGAGGCAGAACUUGAUACCCUAAAGAAUCAACUAGAGAAGAUUUUGGAAAUCCCUUCUGAUUGCACAUAUGCAAAUGAAAAAGCUAUUGAUAAUGAGGCUUUGGAAAAAAUAUUUGAUCGAGCAAAAUUCCUGAGAAAGGACAGAGUACUGAAAAAAUUGGCACUAAGAGGCAUUGGAUAUCACCAUGCCUCUGUGCAACAGAGAGGAAGGCAAAUGGUGGAGAUGCUCUUCAGGAAAGGAUUUAUCCAGGUGGUGACAGCCACAGGGACCUUGGCUUUGGGAGUCAACAUGCCAUGUAAAUCUGUAGUUUUUGUACAGAAUUCUGUAUAUUUGGAUGCUCUGAACUAUAGACAGAUGUCUGGACGGGCUGGGCGACGUGGUCAAGAUUUGUUGGGGAGUGUAUAUUUCUAUGACAUUCCAUUGCCCAAAAUACAGAAGCUCAUUAAAUCAAAUGUGCCUGAACUUCGAGGACAGUUUCCUUUGAGCAUUUCUCUGAUUCUGAGACUCAUGCUGCUGGCUUCAAAAGCAGAUGAUAAAGUAGACGCAGAAGCAAAGGUUUUGUCAGUACUGAAGCAUUCACUUCUAGCCUUCAAACAACCAAAGAUCCUGGAGAUGUUAAAGCUCUAUUUUUUGUUUUCUUUACAGUUUCUUGUGAAGGAGGGGUAUGUGGAUCAGCAUGGCAAUACCAAAGGAUUUUCUGGAAUUAUAACUCAUUUGCAUUACCAUGAACCCUCCAAUUUUGUUCUAGUUGAAUUUCUUGUAAAAGGUUUGUUCCACAAGCUGUGUCAGCCAAGCAAGAAAAAAUCAAAGGUUUUCUCUGAGGAUGUGAUGGAAAAACUGGUGCUAGUAUUGGCACAUCUUUUUGGAAGAAAGCACCUACCAGCUGCUGUUGUCAGUUCUAAAAGGGAAUUUGAUCAGUCAAAGGUGUUUCUGGAAGAUCUCCCUGAAGAUUUUGCUGUUGCUUUGGAUGAGUACAACUGCAAAAUACAAGAGAAUUUUGGACAGUUUCUACAAAUUGUUUCCACCCUGGCUAACAUGAAGCAAGAAUACCAACUUCCACUUUCAGAACUUGAUUUUUCAAGUAAAAAACAACCUGACUCUCAGCUUGCAUCUCACUUAAUGAGCUGUGACAAGGGAAGGACAGCAGUAUCACCUUUUGUGUGCCUUUCGGGAAAUACAGAACUUGAUUUACGGAAUGCAGGGACUGUCAACAGUGUCAUAUUGCGCACGAUUGGUAUUAAUGCUGCAAAUAUUCCUGUCCAUUCAAAGCGAUGUGAUAAUCAAGGAAGAAUAAUGCCACUUAAUGCAUAUGUGCUUGACUUUUAUAAACAUGGAUCUUUGGUAGCAAUGGAUAAAGAUAAUGGAAUACAUGAAGGAGAAGCUUAUGUUUUAUUGAAGGACUUUUCCCUUGCUCUUAAAGCAAUCAGUGUUUCUUUGCGUGAACUUUGUGACGAUGAGGAUGAUCAUGUUGUGCAGGCGUUUGAGCAAUUAAGUCAGAACUACUGGGGUAAACUGCAAAAAUUCUAACAAUAAAUCAAAAGAUGAAUAUUUUGGUCUGUUGACAUUGCCCAUACUGGAAAACCCCUUUGGAGAAGGAUAACAAUAUUGUUCUGAAUCACCAAGUUUGUUCAGCUAAUGGGUGGUAUAGAAAUUCAAUUUAUAAGUCAUGGAAUAAAAUUGUAUCAAGUUAGAAUCAUUUGUUCAUUGGAUAUCUAAGCUUAGCUUAAUUAUGCAUGUAAUUUUAAAGAUUUUACAAUUAUGUAUACGAGACAUACAACAAAAUGUUGCAGUGUGGAAUGCUCCUUGCUGCAGCCAAACAUGCCCUUUACCAGGCUACUCCUUUCCACCAUUACCUCUAUCUUUCCUGCAACAGACACUCAGCAUGCUAUGCCCAUUUCCUCAUUUGGACAUUAUUGGGGGGAAGGGAUGGGGGCAAAGAAACCAUGGCCUUCUGUGAGAUUAAGUACAUUUUUAACAUUGUUUUUAAUGUUUUACUGUGUUUUUGAUUAUGAUUUUUAUCUCCCAGUUCUGUCCCCCAGCUUAUGCACUUUGUUGUCACUGCAAAAUGCUUUAGGAAUAAAAAUGCUUUCCCAUCUG